UGGACGGCCGGCGGAAGUGCGGCCGUUAGCGGCCUCGAGCGGCAGGGGCGGUUGACGGACGGAUCUUAGCGCUGAUGUGGCGCGUAGCCGCAUUGAGGCGACUCAUUCACACAAUUAAUUAAUUAAUUUCAAGUCGCCGCCCGCGUACGAGGUUCCCGUGUGCUGGUGGAAAAUGGGCGCCGUGGAUCUGGAGUCGGUCAAUGACGUGUUCACCGUGCUGUGCGGCGUGUGGGUGCUGUUCUUUAAGUUUGGAUUUGCGUUUGUGGAAGCCGGAAAGACAGAUCCUCACCACACUGCAAAUGUGUUCCUAAAAAACACAGCAGAUACCUUCAUCUCCCUGGUGGCCUUCUGGCUCCAUGGCUAUGCCUUUGCCUUUGGGGAGCACAACAGCUUCAUUGGAGGGCAGUUCUUCCUCACACUGGACGGCACCAACAUGACCCACUUCUUCUUCAACUACGUCCGCUGCGCUGUGGCCACCACUGUGGCCCUGGGGGCCGUCAACGAGAGGACCGAGCCCAUAGGGUACCUGAUCUCGGGCUACGUCUUUGCAGGGGCAGCCUGGUGA